GACAACAGCUUUUUCCUUCCACCUCCAAUCCUCAUUUUAACUUCAAAAAAUCUCAAAUAUCCUCAGAAACCACCACAGCACCCUCCCUUCUCUCUCUCUCUCUCUAAAAAAGAAGAAGAAGAGAGAGAAACAAAACCACUAGCGCUAUCUCCUGCUUGUUUGUCUUCUGUUCUGUCACAAUGUCAGCUCCUACUCCCACGUCGCCGCCGUCUAAUACUACGGCUCCACCUCCUUCCACCACCACUCCACCCUCAUCUACCCCACCUCCUACAACUCCUGCAACUCCUUCAGCCCCUCCACCCACUUCUCCACCACCUCCACCAACCCCUUCUGCCCAACCACCGGCCUCAACACCUCCACCACCACCAGCUGCCUCACCACCCUCACCGCCAUCCUCCUCACCACCCUCACCGCCAUCCUCCUCACCACCCCCACCACCAUCCUCCUCACCGUCUCCACCCUCGUCCCCCCCUCCGCCUUCAUCCACUACGCCGUCGACUCCCUCUCCGCCUUCAUCCACUACGCCGUCGACUCCGACAUCAAAGUCGAGUCCCCCACCGCCGACGAGCACUAGCACGCCGUCUCCAGCCGGAACAAGUGGGGGGUCGUCGGGAAUUUCGACUGGGGUGGUAGUGGGGAUAGCAAUUGGGGGAGUGGCGAUUCUGUUGGUAGUGAGUCUGUUUUUUAUAUGCUGUAAUAAGAGGAAGAGAAGGAGACGUGAUGACGAGGCCGCGUACUAUGUGCCUCCUCCUCCUGGCCCCAAAGAUGACCCUUAUGGUGGCAGACAACAAUAUUGGCAACAAAAUGCUCCCCCACCACCUGAUCGUGUUGUUGCACCGAUGCAAAACCCCCCUCCUCCACCACCCGUUGCAUCAAGGCCGUCACCUCCUCCUGAGCGUGUUGCAAUGCCUCCACCACCUCCUCCACCACUUUUCAUGAGCAGCAGUGGUGGCUCUGGCUCCAAUUAUUCUGGUACGGAAAACCCAUACCCACCACCUUCUCCAGGCAUUGCUUUGGGUUUCUCUAAGAGCACAUUUAGCUACGAGGAAUUAGCAAGAGCAACAGAUGGAUUCACAGAUGCCAACCUCCUUGGUCAAGGAGGUUUUGGGUAUGUGCACAGAGGAGUUCUUCCAAAUGGGAAAGAAGUAGCUGUCAAGCAGCUAAAGGCAGGAAGUGGGCAGGGGGAGCGUGAAUUUCAGGCAGAAGUUGAGAUCAUCAGCCGGGUGCAUCACAAACAUCUUGUUUCAUUGGUUGGAUACUGCAUCACCGGGGCUCAUAGAUUGCUUGUAUAUGAAUUUGUUCCAAAUAACACUUUGGAGUUUCACUUGCAUGGGAAGGGGCGACCCACCAUGGAUUGGCCUACGAGACUAAAAAUUGCAUUGGGUUCUGCGAAAGGUCUUGCAUACCUUCAUGAAGAUUGUCAUCCUAAAAUUAUUCAUCGUGACAUCAAGGCAUCUAAUAUACUUUUGGAUUUCAAGUUUGAGGCAAAGGUUGCUGAUUUUGGACUAGCAAAGAUAUCUUCUGAUGUCAAUACUCAUGUCUCCACGCGGGUGAUGGGAACUUUUGGGUAUCUGGCUCCAGAAUAUGCUUCAAGUGGAAAACUAACAGACAAAUCAGAUGUUUUCUCCUACGGGGUCAUGCUUCUGGAAUUGAUUACUGGUCGUCGACCUGUGGACUCAACUCAGUCUUUCAUGGAGGACAGUUUGGUUGAUUGGGCGAGGCCUUUACUGACUCGGGCUUUGGAAGAUGGAAACUUUGAUACCCUGGUUGAUCAAAAGCUGCAAAAUAAUUAUGAUCAAAAUGAGAUGGCUCGCAUGGUUGCUUGUGCGGCUGCUUGUGUGCGUCAUUCAGCUCGCCGUCGACCACGCACCAGUCAGGUAGUCCGAGCUUUGGAAGGAGAUGUGUCUCUCUCUGAUCUUAAUGAAGGAAUAAGACCUGGGAACAGCAGAGUUUAUGGUUCGUAUGGCAGUUCAGACUAUGACACCAGUCAAUACAAUGAGGACAUGAAAAAAUUCAGGAAGAUGGCAUUAGGAAGCCAGGAAUAUGGUGCAAGCAGUGAGUACAGUGGACCAACCAGUGAAUAUGGCUUGUACCCUUCUGGCUCGAGCAGCGAAGGCCAGAACACCCGUGAAAUGGAAAUGGGAAAGAUGAAGAAGGCCAGUAAAGGUUUUAGUGGAAGUUCGUGACAACUGAGCCUUAAUUUUCUGUAAAGACCCAUCCCUUCUCCUCUUAGUAUUAAUUGGACGUCACAUUGAUUGCAAGAACGGCAUGUUUUGGAGGUGAAAACACAUACAAUUUUUUUUUUUACUGAUUUUGAAGUUUGUUUUUACUACAUGUAUCUAAUAGUGCUUACAUACAAGAAAACAAUGAAACAGCUUGGCUGAUUCUUUUA